AUGGAUAAGUUUGGAGAUAUCUCAACUGAUGCAGGCAGAAAGAAGUUAAAUGACUAUCUUUCAACAAGAUCUUAUAUGAAUGGAGCAUCACCAUCACAAGAUGACGUUGAAGCAUUAUAUAUGAUUAUAAAAGCAGGUGGAUUCUUUGAUUUCCAACACAUCUGCAGAUAUGUAUGUCAUAUACAAAGCUUCACAGCUUCAGAAAGAGCUGCAUUCCCAGGAGAAUCAUUCAAGAAUAAACUUCAGAAAAUGGGAGCUGCUGAAGAAAAGAAGUCAAAUGAUGAUGACUUUGACUUAUUUGGAGAUGAUGAAGAUAUGGAGGCAGCCAAGAAAGCUAUGGAAGCAAAGAAAAAGGCACUACAAGAUAAAAAGGCAAAGGAAAAGCCAGCAAGCAAAUCAUCUCUUGUUUUGGAUAUUAAGCCAUCAUCAUUGGAUGUUGAUUUAGAUGUUGUUGCUAAAAUGGUUAGAGAAUUAAAAAUUGACGGUGUUGAAUUCUCAGAGGGAGAAAAGAAGGUUCCAGUUGCCUUUGGUCUUUUCAAGUUGCAAAUGGGAGCAACUAUUAUUGAUGAUUUAGUCAAUACUCAAGAUAUUGUUGAUUCUAUCGAGACUCUUGGUAUGACUGAUGAACAGAAGAAGAAGUUCUUUGGAAGGGAUGAUAUUUGUGAUGAUGUGGAAGAAGAGGAGGAAUAUGGUCUUGUUCAAUCUUGUGAAAUUGUCAGUUUCAAUAAGCUUUAA